AUGUGUUUUCUGCCAGGUUUUUUAUAUUGGAAUAAUAUAUGCGGUAUGGACUUGGAAUGUUUGAAUCGAGAGCCAUUUUAUUACACACUUUGUCUUCAUGUUUUGGCUUUGAUUUCAUUCCCGAUCAAUUUAUUUGGAUGUUAUUUGAUUGUUUCGAAAUCACCGAAAAAUUCGAAAUAUAAAUAUAGACAGCUUUAUGUGCAGGUGGGUUUUUUUGACAUAGGAUAUUAUUAUUAUUAUUUUGAUAAGUGCAAAAAUUGUUGAAAAAUUAUCAGUUUUUUGCAGAUAGUUACAUCAAUUGUUGAAAAUUAUAUGACUUGGAUUGGUGGUGGGUAUUAUUUAUUUCCAAUGGUUGGUGGAUUCAAUACCUCUUCUAUAACAACAUUGGUCACAAAUCCUCACACAAGUGUUGUUUUUUAUUUUUUCGUAUUUGCAUUUGAAUUGCCAGCUUUGUUGAGUUGUUUUCAAUAUCGAGCUGAUUCGGCGGCUGAAUUAGAUGAGGUUUGUUUUUUUUUAUUCGAGAUCACAAAACAUUUGUAUAAAUAUAAAUUCUAAAUAUUCUGGAAAAAUAAUUUCUAAAAAAACAUUCGAUUUUUAUCAUUUUCAAACGUGACCUUUUUCUUUUUUCUGAAAAUAUGUUUUGUUUAUGAAAACAACUCAUUUUUCGUUUACCAAACUCAAUAAAAAGUAACCUUUCAAAGAUUGAGUACUGUAAGUUCAAAUCCUUCUCUUUUUAGGAAAAAUCUGCAAACACUUUGGAAACAUACAACAAACGCCACGUGAAAACCCCUACUGUACUUGUUUUUUUUUCAGAAAAGUCGAAUUCCGUCAAUUAUAAGUUAUACGAUUUGUUUUUUAUGUCAUUGUUAUCCAUUUGUAAUUGCAAUAUCUUUAUAUUUAUCGAAACUUUCCCCUGAAGAACAAUAUCGAUUUAUUUCGACGAAUUUUCCAAAAUGUAUUCAUGUUCUGGAGAAUCCCGAAUUUAUUGUUUAUGAUUAUUCAACUAAUUUUUGGCUUGGAAUUUCUGGAAUUUCAACUAUGAUUUGGACUGUUUCUUAUGCUUUGUGAGUUAUUUUUUGGGUUUGGGAUAAUUUAAAAUUUCAAACAAAAAACCAUAACAAAUCUAAAAAUAAUGAUUUCGUGCUUUUUCAAGUUUCCUGGAUCAAAUGAUUAUUUUUAUCUAAAAUGUUAAAAUAUCAUGAAAUUGCUCAAUUUGUAGCCUGUCGACCUUUCAAAUUGAAUAAAAGCAGCUGCUUCUAUUUCAUAAACAUAAAUAUAGUUACUACGACUUUUUUCCAAUUUUCCUAGAAAAUGAAACAUUUUCAAGUUUUCCGGAUUUUUUGAAUUGAAAUUAUACGGUAACAAAUUUUUUUAAUCGGUUCUGAUUUUUUGCCAUUGAAAAUUAACAUUCUGAAUUUUUUCUACUGGUAUUUGAUACUCAAAUCAAUUGUAGCGAAAUGUUGAUUUCGAUAAAAUCAAUUAUAAUUUUUUCAAAUACAAACUUCUUCUCAAUCCAGAUAUUUUUUAUUCCUCGCAAUUCGCACAGUUCGAACUUUACAAGCAAUGCGUACACAUAUGUCAAUCGCAACUUUCAAACUUCAUCAAACAGCUUUGCUCACUUUAUCCCUCCAAGUUUUAAUUCCAUCAAGUCUUGUUCUAACUCCAAUUAUCUUCAUUUUUAUUGUCGUAGUCAAAAAAUUAUCGCAAUAUCAAGAAAUAGCAACUGAUACUACUUUUCUGAUCGCAGCUCAUUCAAUGGUUUCAACUAUUGUUAUAAUUUGUUGUAGUUCUCGAUAUUUAGAAGUUGUUCGAGAUAUUUUUUGUUUAAUUCCAUGGAAAAUGGAAACUAAGAUCAAUCCGAUUGUCGAAAGAUCGGCAAAAUUUUGA